AUGUUGGGCCUCAACUUCUUAGCUAAUAACUGCAUGAAAUUCAUUGACCAGCUCUCAUGGGAAAAUUUACCUCUUACAUCCCUAAAGGUGUCCAAGGGAGUUGUUGGUAUCAAAGGAGAGAAGGGGUGCCCUGCAGAGGCAUAUAGCCAAGAGUAUGGUGCAAAAGGUGAUCCUGGACUACCAGGAAUGCCUGGUCUCCAGGGUGCUCCGGGUGCUCAAGGAUAUCCUGGGGAACUUGGACCACAGGGCCCUCCAGGACCUUUGGGCAUGCCAGGGAAACCAGGACCUCCUGGACCUAAGGGUCUUAUGGGACUGAAAGUAAUAGGAGCCAAGGGAAGAAAGGGUGACACUGGAUUAACUGGACCCCCUGGGCCCCCAGGAACUGUUAUUGUGACAUUAAGUGGACCAGACAACGUGACGGUAGUAAAACUGUUAAACAUCAUGUUCAGAUAACCCAUCUGACUAGGUUUUACUUUGAGAGGACGUUUUCAUCUUCACUGCUCUGAUAACAUUUCCUUUUACCCAUCCU